AUGUUGGCCAAUGAUGUCGAGCGUUGGAGUUGCACAAACAAGAAAUGCAAGUGUUAUUUUAAGAGGAGUGGAUCAGUGUUAUUAGAAAAUGAAAGUAACCUAACUAAUCACUGUCAUGAGCCAGAUUCUUCUGAAUUAUUAAAGAGACAAAGUAUUCGAAACAGUUUAAAAAGAAAAGCAACUGAAGAUAUUACUUUAAGACCAGCAACAUUGAUACACAGUCAAAUAAACAGAGAUGGGGUCGAUGAUUUGACAACUGAUGAUAUUUCAUGUAUACGCAGAGGAAUUUAUAUGGCCAGAAGAAAGAUAUUACCCACUCUACCAAAAAAUAUCGCAGAAGUACACGAAACAAUCGAGUUAUUAAAUAUUAAAACUAUUCAAGGAGAACCAUUUGUACUUAUUAAUGAUAAAAUAAAUAAUAUUAUCAUGUUUUCAUGUACUAGUAACUUACAAACUUUAAAUUUAGUAAAAGAGAUAUUCGUGGACGGUACAUUCAGAUGUAGUACAAAAUAUUAUUUACAGUUGUUUACUAUCCAUGGUAUAUUGAAUGAACAUUACAUUCCCCUUGCUUUUUUUUUACUUAACAGUAAAGAAUGUAAUGCUUAUGAAAAUGCAUUUAGAGGUUUAAUUAAUGAAUGUUCCAAAAUUAAUUUAAAUUUUAAUCCUGAAGUAAUUCACGUUGAUUUUGAAUCUUCUAUUCACAAAGCAGCUAAUAUAGUUUGGCCGUUAAUAAAAAUACAGGGAUGUCAUUUUCAUUUAGGGCAGUCGUGGUGGCGUAAGAUCCAAGAACUUGGAUUGACUUCAGAGUAUAUUAAUAAAUCCAGUGAAAUAGGAACAUUUUUAAAAUAUAUUUUUGGAUUGCCUUAUCUGAAUCCCGAUAUGGUGGGGGAAUUUUAUGCUUAUGAGUUGUCUUCUAUUCAGCCCUUAAAUGAACAACUCAGAAAAUUUACUGAUUAUUUAGUUGAUAAUUACAUUGAUUCAAGUUCACAUUUUCCACCUGAAAUGUGGGCUGAAAUGAGCAGUAGUAUGCAACAAAUCGUCUAUAUCAAAAAGAUCACGUCGUCUUACAAUAUGAAUCCAUCAAUUGUUGUCGCAAAAUCAAUAUUCAGUAUUAGACCUUUUAACAAAAAAGUGUAA